GCCACUUCUUUUUUUGUUUUCGCUCUCGCUUGACUACGUGCACAUUGUUUGCUCACAUAUUGCAACCACCACUGCAACCCACACCCACAAAUCGACAACCGCUGGUAAGAAUAAGUCCCAUCCAACUUGACCGCCUACACCCACCAUCACGACCAGUAUGCUACUCGCGCUCGUACCGUCACUACUAUUCUGAAGCACAUUUCAGAAGCUGCCCGAGCUCCGUCAGCGGGCUUUUUAAAAACCACAGCUAACAACUCCCUCGCAAGUCCCGCACGAAACCACCACACCUCCACUCCAAGCUCAACCCAAGCAAGCAGCAACUAUGCCGCUCUCCACCAAGCAAAUGGAGUACCUCGCACUCGCCUGGCAGUGCUUCGAAACCGAGCCCAAGAUCGACUACGAGAAAUUUAAGACCGUCGCCGGCCUCGCCUCAGCCGCCUCCGCCCGCGAGCUGAUGCGCGUGACCAAGAAGAAGCUCAAAGAAGAGUAUGGAGCGCUCUCGGGUUCCAUGACCGCCGCCAACGGUAACACCGUCGGAGGAGGCGUCACUCCAUCGAAGAAGAGCACUCCACGCACCCCAGCCUCCAAGCGUCCGCGCGGAAAGAAAGCCGCAUCAGAAGUCAACGGUGAGAAUGGAGACGGAGAUGACGAUGAAGAUUACGGAGACGAUACGCCAGUCGCCAAGCGCUCGAAGACUCCAGCCAGCGCGGCCAAGAAGAGCGGCAAAAAGAGUGGAUCCGGCAGCUCGAACGGAGUCAUGGUGAAGCAUGAGCCAGAGGUCGCUGGAGGAGACGACGAUAGCGACGGAUACUUGUGAUGAGGAAGCCAUCGCUGCUCGCGUUGCUUUGCUUUGAUUGAAGCGCGAAGUGACUGAUGCAGGAGUUCGAUGCAUAAGAGCACUGCCGUACGUUGGUCGGACUUGGUAUACAAGCAAAAGCUUGGCCAUGCGAUUGGCACAGCAAAGAGUCAAAAUUCUGAACAGAGCAGCAAGCCGAGAGGUUGAGGAAAC